GACGACUAACUGCCUGUUCCACUUGAUAGAUCCAUGUGACCUAUCUAUCUCGGGCUUCCUCGUAAAAAAAGCUCUACUACAGCCAGCAGCAACUUGUUAUUGAAGUCGCUAGAGGGAAAAGGAAAAAUAAGAAAUCGUAAUCUUCGGAUCUGGCAUCAGUGCUGGCUUUCCGAACGUUUCAGCUGGUUGUGUGACAGGCUGGUGUGUUUGUGUGUGUUGUCAUUCUGUCGAACAGCCGGGUCGUGUUUGAAGCGGAUUUUUUCAGUGGUUUACUGUGCUACUGUGUCAUGAUUUUGCUUUGUAGUUAUAGUGCGUCGAUAAAAUUCGACUGAAUCCAACAUGUGGUAACUAAACCGUUUCCUUGGAAUAAAUACUCUUCGAUAUUUUUUAAAGUUCAAUAUUUCGAAAAUUCAAUGCAAAACAAAAAUCUGAUUAUGUUUAGAAGAAAUAAUCAACGAUACCAUUGAGUGUCCCAUCUUUUGCACUAUAACUAUAAUAAUAAAAAAAAAAUUACUUUUAACCAAUAUCAAAUAUUUGUGUUAACUUGUGAAAAAUCUUUUUCCCCUUAUACUGUGUUAUCCAGGAUGUUGUGGAAUAAUCAAUAAUCUUCUAGUUGUGUUUGCAUUUCUGAUAAGCAACUGAUAGAAUCGUUUGUUUUUAUGGAAAAGUGAUAUCGCCUAAUUUAUUUUAUCCAAACGAUAAAGGAUCAUAAAUAGGUGUGGUGCCCUUUCGCUUUCCUGUUUUAUAUUUCUUAUCAUAAAGUUUGUUAUGUGCCAUUCUGGAUAUUGUGUACAAUGAGUAGAACUAAGUGCGACUCAUCUGUCAACUCUAAUCCGUGGUGUCAAGAUGAUUACAGAAACGGAUCACAAUUUCGUGGUAAACAGUUAUCCUCCAUGUUCACGACGACUUGCGAUGAAACAUGGGACCAGGACCAAAAAAUCAGCUCUGGCCAGGCUGAAUCUAAACUAAAUAAAUACAGCCUUGUGAUUGUCUUGCCACCUGGUACUAAUGACCAGAACCAUGAUACCGAAAAAUCACCUACGCAAAGUAGUAUAACCAAUAUCCAAAUGGAUUCUGGAAUCGGAUCUAUGUCUCCAUCACCUCCAAAGACGCCAACUCCUGAUUAUGAUUCAUUAGAGGAUUCUUAUGAGGAGAAUCAUUCACCAGGUAAUACCCAAGGAAUUCCAAUUCCGAAGAAAGUAACGUUUUCAAUAGUUGACACUGGUGAUGAUUCCCUGAUGCAGGAAUCAAGAUAUUCUAAAUCUUCUUGGCGGGACAUACUGAUGCACGAUCCAUCGGAAUCUCGUGACCAUCUAACUUAUUGCUAUCGCCAAGAUUGGGUGAAUGGGGAAGCCAAGUCUAAAUCCAAAUCGAAAAAAUUGCCUAAGCAUCUGUAUUUGUCAACGACCAUUUUAAAUGAUUUGGAACAGAUUUCAGAGAGGUCUUCCAGGUCUGAAACGAGACCAAAAAGAGGUACCAAGCUUGUACGUCGAGCUAGCUCCUUGGAUCGUUUUGAAGAACUUCGCUAUAGCUACCGAUAUCAAGAUUGUAUUCCUCUGCUUUGUGAUCCGGAUCCUUUAAAGACACCGGUGACGAGCAGCGGGAAACGAAAAAGCGGUCGAAAAUCGAGAAUACCAAAAUCAACAGAGAGUUCCUCCCUCAAGCCUGUGGAACGGGCUUCCUGUGGACCUGGUCCACCAUUGAAGCAGUUGAGAUCCUACUCUGUUGAGAGUAACGGUAACUGCAAUUUUGCAGCAUCUCAGCUGGGACGUGCUAGACAAAGGUCUGUCAGUGGUAAUGUUUCUAGUAAGAAGACACCAGUACGUCGAGUUGAUGAUGAUGCUCUCAAAAGGUCACGUUUGCACAACAGCCAGUAUGAGCUCUCUCAAGAUCUGUUAGAUAAGCAGGUGGAAAUGCUUGAAAGGAAAUAUGGCGGUGUGUGUGCCCGUAAAGCAGCCCUGACUAUCCAAAGAGCCUUCCGAAAGUACACCAUAAUGAAACGCUUUCAGGACAUUGCUAAUGCCUCCAAAGGAGAAAAACGUUUGUCUAGAAGAUUUCCAACAUUUGACAUGGAAAAUAAAGAGUGGGUUGUGUAUAAUAGUAAUGGAACUGUGUCUCGAUACCCUCAUUUCCAACAUCACCAGAGCUGUUAUGAGGGUGAAGUCAAAAUGUGUAAUAACUUCCACACUAAUGUCAACUCUGAUGCAAUGUUGCAGUCACAGUACAAUGCACUAUAUCGCGAACUCAACGAUACACUAGACUCUGACGACGGUUCUCGCUACAGUAAGCCCUGUCGCACACAGAGCUUUAGGGAACGUCGCAUUAAGUAUCAAGAGGCUUAUAGCCAGGGUCUUUAUAUGCAAGAAUGUAACAAUAAAGAAUCUUGUGAACAAUAUGGUGGUAAGCCAGUUUCUCAUCUAAAUAGUGCAUAUUAUCAAGAUGCAUACCAAUCCUCAGUGACUAGGUCACCUCCAGCAUUCCCUCGACAUCCAGCAUGGACUGCUGUACCAAAUGCUAAUAAUCAAAGAACUCAUUGUGCAUCAAAUCAAUCUUCUGUUUAUGUUCAUUCUAGUCCAAUUAUUAAAGUUCAACAUCAACCUACAAGGGAUUCCAUAUCGUCCGAAGACAGUUCAUUGAGCUCUCUCAGUGUUGACAUAGAUUCCAGUGAAGCUGAUACCAAUAUUCAGCGAGGUAUUUCAGCAAGACACUCACUUAACAUUAGUCCUUCCAAAAUGCCAACAUCUAAUGUCCUUCAAAGAAAUGCUGCAAGAGCUAGUGAUGUUGCACUUAGUCGCAGAGUUUCUCCACGGGUAGACCAAAAGAAGGUGCCACCCCAGGUUCCUAAGAGGACAUCUUCUAUUCCAAAUAGAGAUGGACUGUCUGAAUCGGAUAAUAGCCUAUCUGAUAGUAGUCAAACGCUUAUAGCAAGCACUAGCUCCACCAGUAAAACAGUGGAAGCAUCUCCAGUUUGGAAAAGAAAAUCUCUAGUCUUAGCUGAGCAAUCUGUAAGUGCAGAAGAUAAACGAUUAAGCAACAUAUCUGAAAAUAGUGAAGACAGUCUCGACAGUGGUGGUGGUUAUUCGAACACACCUCCAGCUGAUAUGAGCCAUUCAUUUAAUGCCCAUAAUUACCCAGAUAUUCGAACUCCUCAUGACUUACCUGGCACUCCAACUAUAUACAAGUUGACAGAAAUUCAAAGAAAGAGACAGUAUAGAGUUGGAUUAAAUUUAUUCAAUAAAAAGCCUGAGCGAGGUAUUCGCUACUUAAUUCAAAGAGGUUUCCUGGAAGCUUCUCCUCAAGCUGUUGCUAGGUUUUUGUUGACAAGAAAAGGGCUUAGUAAACAAAUGAUUGGAGAAUACCUUGGAAAUUUACAGAGUCCUUUCAACAUGGCUGUGUUAGAGUGUUUUGUUCAAGAAUUGGACUUAGCUGGAAUGCAAGUUGAUGUUGCAUUAAGAAAAUUCCAAACAUUUUUCAGGAUGCCUGGUGAAGCACAGAAAAUUGAAAGGCUCGUUGAGGUCUUUAGCCAUCGCUAUAUUGAAUGCAAUCAUGACAUAGCUUCUAAAUUUCACAAUCCAGAAACAGUUUUUGUUCUUGCAUUUGCCAUCAUUAUGUUAAAUACUGAUCUUCACACUCCCAACAUGAAAGCUGAAAGACGAAUGAAACUGGAUGAAUUUGUUCGAAACCUGAGAUCUAUUGAUGAUGGCCAUGAUUUAGACAGAGACAUGCUGACAGGGAUUUAUGAACGAAUCAAAACCAAUGAAUUCAAAAUGGGAUCGGACCAUGUAACUCAAGUUCUAAAAGUUCAGCAGACAAUAGUUGGUAAAAAACCUAACCUUGCUUUACCUCAUCGAAGGCUGGUUUGUUAUUGCCGUCUAUAUGAAGUUUAUGAUGUCAGCAAGAAAGAACGUCCUGGUGUACAUCAGCGAGAAGUUUUCUUAUUUAAUGAUUUAUUAAUGGUGACAAAAAUUUUCAGUAAAAAGAAAAAUAGUAUUACUUAUACUUUUAGACAGUCAUUUCCUUUGUGUGGCAUGAGUGUGACAUUAUUUGAAGCCCCAUAUUAUCCUCAUGGAAUUCGUUUGAGUCAAAGAGUAGAUGACAAGGUUCUAGUAACCUUUAAUGCUCGGAAUGAACAUGACAGAUCAAAAUUUGUUGAAGAUUUAAAAGAAUCAAUAUUAGAGAUGGAUGAAAUGGAAAAUCUUCGUAUUGAAGGGGAACUUGAAAAGCAAAAGAUGAUGAGGGUUCGUGGUGCAGAAAAUAGGGAUUCUGGAGUUGCUGACAUGGAAAUAAUUCCUCAACCUACCAAAGAUGGCAAACUGUCUCCAGAAAGUGUUGCAUCAGGAAAUAAUCUGAAACGUUCUGCUUUGUCCAAUUCAUUGCUUGACCUCCAUGAACAGCAAAUUAAUAAACCAGUGCGAAGAGGAAGUGCAGGCUCCUUGGAUAGUGGGAUGUCAAUAUCUUUCCAGUCCUCUGCAGCUAGCAGUGUGAGCCACGAUUCUUCCCCACAAAUUGUUCAUGCCAGCUCCACAUCUUCUGGGUCCGGAUCUAGCCUAGGCAGCACUAGGAGUGGACCUGAAUCCACAUCAAAACAGCCCUCUUCACAAGCAGGAUUUCUGGGUGGACUUUUUAGUAAAAAGGGCAAACACACCAGCAAAAGCAAUGUGAGGAAACCUCUUGAUGGUUCCGACACUUAAAGGAAUCCUCCGAAGGAUAGGAAUAUAGCGUUUCAAAUUGUCAGAUUUUAAACCAUUCUCAAAUUAGGGAUUUGUUACAAUCUUGUGAAUAGGACAGCUGUUGUCAUAGAGAAUUAGCAGCCUUUUGCUACAACUCGCAUUUGACAAAUCAAGUAUGAUCCUGUAUAAGGACUUGCGUCAUGUGAAAGACUCGCAUGCUUUCCGACCGUUUGUACUCACAUAGCUUUAUUAUUCAGUAUAUAAAAGUACAGUGUAUAUAGAUAAAUCUCUUGUAAGAACAGUGUAUAAUAGUCUGAUGUACAUAGUGUUUAGUAAUCUCAUUACUUUAUGCAGACGUAAUGACGUCUAUCUGUGUAUUGCAAGUGAAACCUAAGUAAUGAGCAAAUUUAAUAUAUUUGAGAGUGUAUAAAAUAAGUUAUAUAUAUUAUACAUAUAUAUAUUCAGAGUUCAUAGAGACAGAUAAUAGUGUAUAAUAGGCCAGCUCAAAUUUUGUUUAUGAGAAUGGAAAAUACUGUAUUUGAUAGAGUGAAAUCUUGUCAAGUUUUGAAAAGUAUUUAUGCUAUGGAUCUUUGUGUUGUGUUGAGUGACAAAUUAUGUGUUUAAAAAAACCAAGAAUUUUUUUUUCUGAGCACUUUUUUGAUACUUCCAAUCUAUGCAUAAUACACAAAGAAGCCAAAAUGCUCUCUAAAAUUUUAUUAUGAUGUCAUAAAUCUAUAUGUGUGAUUCCUAAUUGAUGUACUCAUAAUCGUUGUCUUAUAUGACUGUAAUAUGAAUUUUGUUUCAUUAUAAAUGUGCAAUUUGUAAUAUAAAAUUUGUUCUAGUGUUUUGACAAAUUUUCUAUUAUCCCGGUUUUUACAAAAUGAAAAUAUUCUUUUUUUUUUUGUUAAUGUGUUUAAAUAUUCUAUGAAAUUAUUUUAUGCUCUUUGAAUUUUUAUUGUUGCAGAAAUUAAGUUCACAAUAUACCCAUGAUUUUACUUUUUAAAUAAUUGUCAGGCGUGUAGGACCAGAUAAAAAAAAUUCUUUAAUCAUACAAUUAUGUACAGAAAUGGAAACUGUGUAAUGUUUAUUCUUCCUUUUGAAUUUUUUUUUAUUGGUAUAUAUAAAAGAAUUUCAAAGCUCUAGUUUCAUAUUUAAUUUAUUAUUAAAUUUUCUAUUGGUAUUUAAUACAUAUAUUCAUUAAACUAAAUAAUUUAAAGAAAUGUUUUUUUAUAGACAACACGUAUUAAUACACGAUCAUUAUUCGAGUUAUACAAUCUAAUUGGUAGUGUAUUAAAUGCUGAUGCUUCCAAAUGCGUAGCUCGUUGUUUAUUCUAUCCGAAAAUUAUGAUAUUUGUGUGUUUAUUUGAAUGUUUAAUUUAUAUUGUACAAAAGUGUAACUGAAUAAGAAUGUGUUUGAAUGGGUCCAAGCAUAAAUUGACAUGUUUCUUUUAAAGAAUGUUCAGCCUCAAUUUCUAAAUUGUUGUACUCAAUUUUUGAUAUUCGUUUCUUUCAUGACCUUUUGUUAAAGAUGAAAAUAUUGAUGUAAUAAAGCAUUUUAACAAUCAAUCUGUUUCCAUUUAGAAAUUAACUGUUAAUAUUAAUUUAAAUUGUGUGAUAGUACUUAUUGUAUAAAUAAGCCUGGAGCUUAACAAAGAAAAU